AUGACCUUACGCAACAGUUCAAGCAAGCGCGGUUUGCAUCUGCCUCGGAAUAUGGCAGCAGCUGCUGCCUUUUGUGUUGCCGUGGCAGCCUGUACGGGUCACACACAGGAUGUUGCUCGUCAGGACGCAGCACGCAGACCCAUGGACGCCAAUUGCACUCUCCUGGUACCACAUACCGUGACGGCUGCUCUGAAGCAACCACCUCUGCAUCAACGCAGUAUAGUGAGCUCAUGGCAUCUGUCUCGUAGCCGUUUGCAACAAGAUUAUGACGUCGAAGGUGUCAUUGGCGAAGGAGGUUUUGGCCUUGUGCAUAUGGGUCGCCAUAAAGCUUCUAAUGCCCGCGUAGCUAUUAAACGAAUGUCUAAGAAGUUGACGACAAGAAACAAUUUUUUACAAGAAGUGGAGAUACUUAAACAAGUAGGUGGGACACACAAUGUCUUGGAACUUCGUGAUGCGUUUGAGACAGUGGAUGCCUAUGUUUUAGUGACGGAAUUGGUACAGGGCAGAGAGUUAUACGACGAUUUAGUAGAGCAUGGCGUAUUUAGUGAACAGAGAGCAAAGGAAUUGGUACGUGAACUGGCUGUGACGCUUAAUUACCUGCAUUCAAAGUACGUGGUACACGCUGACGUCAAGCUGGAGAACAUUCUUCUAGCUAAUGACAAACAGACGGGUUUAAGACUCAUUGACUUUGGCCAGUCAUUCCGGCUGUAUCACGAAAAUAGUCACAAGAUGGACACGUGCACGACGGCAUACGCGUCUCCGGAGUUUAUUAACCAUCGAGAAUCUGGUUGUGCCAUGGACGUCUGGUCGCUUGGAGUUGUGCUGUACAUUGUGCUGUGCGGCCUCCACCCGUUCGACCCUUUGGAUGAUGCCACGGACGAGGAAAUUCAGCAGCGUAUUCUCAAGGGAAACUUUGACCAGGAGUCUGUUGGAUGGCUUUGUAUGUCGGAUAGUGCAAGGAGUCUUUUGCGUCAAAUGCUAACGGUAGAUCCAGCGAAACGCAUCAGUGCCGCUCGAGUGCUUGAGCACGACUGGAUCAUCAGCGCUUGA